AUGGCCAUGGCUUCCGAACCGUUCGACCCCGUGGUCGAAGACGAUUUGGCCCUCGAAAGACUAGGCUACAAGCAAGAACUGAAACGAAGCUUCAACUUUCUCAGCAUGCUGGGUUUUAGCUUCAGCAUUGUCAGUUGCUGGAGUGCCCUUUCUGGUGUUCUCAUCAUCGGUGCAGAGUCUGGAGGGCCGCCUGUUAUGAUCUGGAGCUGGAUAGGAGUUUCUAUUUGUAGUCUGGCAGUGGCAUUCAGUAUGGCAGAGAUGUGCUCAGCAUAUCCAGUUGCUGGGGGGCAGUAUUCAUGGGUUGCGAUCGUAGCCCCACAACGAUGGGCUCGAGGCUUGUCCUAUGUAUGUGGGUGGGUUAUGUUGACUGGUAUUCUUGCAAUGGGAGCUGUCAACAACUUCAUCACUGCUGGAUUUGUCCUGGCUAUCGCAGAGCUCAACCAUCCAGAUCUUGUGGUCACAAGAUGGAAGGUAACCCUUGUUGCAUUCGCUGUCGCCUUCUCGGGGCUCUCUUUCAAUACAUUGGCCCCUCAUCUCUUGCACAAGCUUUCGCGUUUUUUCCUGAUCUGGAAUAUUUGCGCCUUCAUCAUUAUUAUAGUAACGAUUCUGGCGUGCAAUGAUCACAAACAAUCCGCAUCUUUUGUAUUCUCGGAGUUCCAGAAUAUGACAGGCUUCGGCACGGCAUAUACGGCUAUAUUGGGUCUGCUCCAGACAGCGUUCGGAAUGUGCUGCUACGAUGCCCCAUCACAUAUGACCGAAGAGAUUCGUGAUGCACGAAAAGAAGCUCCUCGCGCCAUUGUCUUGUCAGUCUCGAUUGGUGCAAUCACAGGCUUCAUCUUUCUCGUUGCAGCAUCAUUCUGCAUCUCUUCGAUUGAUGGCGUCGCCAAUUCUGCUACAGGCUCGCCCAUAGUGCAGAUAUUCUACGACUCAACCGGGUCUGUUGCGGGCUCGACGUGUCUUACAGUAUUGCUCAUUAUCAUCAAUAUAGGGUGUUCUAACGCACUUACAGCGGAGGGUGGACGAGCUGUCUAUGCAUUUGCUCGGGACCAAGGGCUGCCUUUCUCUAAACUACUGAGUUCAGUGGACAAAAAGCGUCAGAUUCCCACUUACGCUAUUCUUCUUACGACCGCGACGCAGAUCGCUCUGAACUCGAUAUACUUCGGCACAGUGACAGGCUUCAAUACUGUUGUAUCAAUUGCUACUGAAGGCUUUUAUAUCUCCUACGCGAUGCCAAUCUGCGCGAGAUUGUUGUCCACAGCUAUGGGACAGGCGAUCAAGCUUGACGGAUUGUGGAACCUGGGUCGAUGGAGUGUCCCUGUCAAUCUCGUGGGAGCAAUCUACCUCCUCUUCACGUCCAUCACUUUCAACUUCCCCACCGUAAGCCCGGUGGACAGCAAGAACAUGAAUUAUACUUCAGCAGCCAUCGGACUCAUGCUACUCAUUGCCGCCAUAACUUGGAUGACUACCGGACGCCAUAGAUACCAAGAACCUCUGGCAACAAUUAUUGAAGGUACCGAGGUGGCUAUGAGCGACUCCAGACCCGAACAAGUCAAGAGUGAAGGUGCAAAUAAGGCAGAUUAG